UUCCAAGGGCAGCCCCAGAGCUGGUUGAGGUUGGCAGCCCUUUCCCUCAGGGAGCAGAAGCUGGCCUCUUGGUAGGGGCUCAGGAUCAGACAGAAGAUCCUUGGGGUUCUUGGGCUGUGGCUGGGACUAGACUGAGUCAUGCAGAGCUUUGAGCCAUGAAGGACUACUCAGAUAUCAUCCUCUGCGUGGAGGCGACACCACUGAGCAAGACUGAGUUCUGCAACCCUGCUUUUGAGCCUGAGUCUGGGCCACCUUCCUCCCAUCAAGCCUUCCAGGAGGAUGCCGACUGUGCCACCCAGGCUCCCUGGCAUGGACAGCGCCCCCGGGGGCUGCAGCCAGACUGCCGCUUCUCCUGGAUGUGUGUCCUCCUGCUAGCCAGCCUGCUGCUCCUGCUGCUUGGCCUGCUGGUGGCCAUAAUACUGGCUCAGUUCCAGGCUACACCUCCAUCUGUGGCCCCUGAUCAUCCAUUGCCUGCCCAAGACCUCUCUACCACUGGUAUCAGCCAUGCCACCACUGCCACCACCGCCACCACCACCACCACCACCCAGACAACUGCAACCCCUGGAGAGCAGCAGGAGACAGACAGGAGCCCCACACUGUCCACCUGUGGUGGCCUCCUUCCUGGCCCCAGGGGCUUCUUCAGCAGCCCUAACUACCCAGACCCUUAUCCCUCCAAUGCCCACUGUGUUUGGCACAUCCGGGUAGCCACAGACCAAGUAAUACAGCUUAGGAUUGAAGCCCUCAGCAUGGAGAGUGCAGCCUCCUGCCUUUUCGAUCGUUUGGAAAUCUCCCCUGAGCCUGAAGGCCCCCUCCUCAGAGUGUGUGGGAGAGUGCCUCCCCCUACACUCAACACCAACGCCAGUCAACUCCGGGUGGCUUUCGUUUCGGACAGCAGUGUGGAAAGCUUUGGCUUCCAUGCCUGGUACCAGGCUGUGGCUCCUGGCCAUGGGAGCUGUGCCCAUGAUGAAUUCCACUGUGACCAGCUCGUCUGCUUACUGCCUGACUCAGUUUGUGACGGUUUUGCCAACUGUGCUGACGGGAGUGAUGAGACCAACUGUGGCACCACGCUCUUGGGGUGUGGGGGGAAUCUGACUGGACUCCAGGGCACUUUCUCUGCCCCCAGCUACCUGCAGCAGUACCCUCACCAACAGCUCUGCACCUGGCACAUCUCAGUACCAACUGGCUAUGGCAUUGAACUAGAAUUCCACAACUUCAGCCUGGAAGCUCUGGAGGAGUGCAAGCUUGACUACGUGGAAGUGUACGAGGCCAGCAACUCAGGAGCCAUAAGCCUCCUGGGCAGGUUCUGUGGAGCAGACCCACCCCACCGCCUUGUCUCCAGGCACCACCAGCUGGCUGUGCUCUUUCGCACAAAUCAUGGCAUCAACAGCAGGGGCUUCUCAGCCACCUACCAGGCCCUCAACACCACAGAGAGGGACAGUGGGUGUAAGAAUCUGCAGUGGAUAUGUGACACGUGGAGAAACUGUGUGGGAAGUGGUGACAACUGCAGCAGCCCAUUGGUGCCACCUAGAGAACUGGCCUGUGAGCCUAUCCGGGUGGAGAUGUGCCAGGGGCUGAGCUACAACACCACGGCCUUCCCGAACAUCUGGGUGGGCAUGGCCACCCAGGACGAGGUGGUGGAGGUCCUCCGAGGUUACAAGAGCCUGACCAGACUGCCCUGCUACCAGCCAUUCAGGAGGCUCCUCUGCGGGCUGCUGGUGCCCCACUGCACCCGGCUGGGCAGCGUCCUGCCCCCCUGCCGCUCAGUGUGCCUGGAGGCAGAGCACCAAUGCCAGCCUGGCCUGGCUCUUAUGGGCACCCCCUGGCCUUUCAAUUGCAACAGGCUGCCAGAGGUGGCAGGUCUGGAGGCCUGUGCCCAACCCUGACCCAAGGCCGGCCCUGCCCCCUGCCUGCUCAUGCCCAUUUGCUUGUGCUUGGCAGAGGCCCAGCAGGGGGCUCUGUCCUUCCCCUCUGGGUGUCUUAGGAGGAGAAGUCCUCCAGGGUUAGUGUGGCCUCUCCUCCACCUACCCCAAGCUCUAUCCUUACCCUGUAUUUAUCCUACCUGCCAUAAUGUCACCGGCUGACGCUGAAACAGAUGGAAAAUCGCAACUGCCCUUCCGCAUUCAAGUCAGGAUUCCCCAUUCCCUGCCGACUUUUCAGGCCCUAAGCCCAGUCUUCUGCCUUCUGUCAUCAUUUAGUUACAGAGGAGUACGAGUAUGCAGCAGCAGUGGUGUGCAAGCCCGGGCCAGAACCUUGUACCCCCAUUUCUGUCCCUGUUCGGCUCAUGGUUCUACCUCCCUGGGCGCGCUGAGUCUCUCUCCCCCUCCUUUCUCUAUUCAAACCUUGGCCGCCCGCCGGGCGACACCACGAGUUAUUUCCCUGCUAUUUCCCAGCCCCGAGCUCUUGGCCCCUGAACAACUGGUUUCCUUUCGGCGUCUGGGAGGAGCCAAGAAGAGCAGCAGGGAGCGGAGCGGGACCGGGUGGGGGUGCCAA